AUGCUUAGGCUGACCCCUGACCAACAAUUUUUGACAUGCUGCAUUCUUGCUACGGCUGACUGGUGCGCUGAGACGACACUACAACUGCAAGAGAAGCUGGCUCAACGUCUACCUGGAGUUGAUCUCAGUCAAGAAAUGGAGACAUUUUAUGGAAUAACGAAUCAAGCUUUAGCGGUUCUUGUGCAAGAUUUGGAAGGAGCAUGUGAUGCAGCUUUGCAAGCCAUUGCUAAAGUCACAUGGUCAGCUGUGGAUGGUGUAGGAGAUGAAUCACCAUUUGUUGGUGCUAUACGAUCACACCUCAGGGGUGCAGUUCCGAGAUUAAGAGAUUUACUGUCUGACAGAAGAAAAUAUUUCGCGCAUUUGUGCUUAAAACUAGCCACACAACUCUCACAUAAAUUCGUUGGCGCAUUGUUCAGGUGUAAACCGAUGAGUACGCACGGUGCUGAACAACUGCUGCUCGAUACGCACUCUCUGAAGUCGUUCUUGCUCCAGAUGCCAUCUAUAGACAGUGCUAUAGCAGCCAAGCCCCCUACCGCGUAUGUAAAUGGUGUCAGCGCUGUGCUUAACAAAGCUGAAAUGAUACUCAAG